AUGAAAACCACUUUUAUACUUGUUCUUGUACUAGGAAUAUGGGCAUCGUAGUAACCAAAUGGGAUAAUAUGUCCAGUUAUAGGCAUUGAUUUGGGAACCACAAAUUCUUGUGUUGGUAUCUUUCGUAGAGGAAUUGUUGACAUUAUUCCAAAUGACUAAGGAAACAGAAUAACUCCCUCGGUUUUUGCAUUCACUGAUGAAGAACGAUUAGUAGGAGAUGCAGCCAAGAAUCAGGCCUCAUUGAAUCCUUCACGAACACUUUAUGAUGUAAAAAGAUUGAUAGGAAGAAAGUAAAUUGAGAAUUUUAAUCUAGAUACACAGAUCCAUCUAUCCAGUAUGAUAAAAAGUUGAUGCCCUAUGAAAUAGUUCAAAAAGAUAAUCAACCUUAAAUCUAGGUUAGGAAUUUUAAAGGAUUGUCCUCUUUGGUAUUUGCUCCAGAAGAGAUCUCAGCUAUGGUCUUAAUGAAAAUGAAAGAAAUAUCAGAAACCUUUAUUGGAAAGACUAUAGCGAAUGCUGUAAUAACAGUUCCAGCCUAUUUCAAUGAAUUUCAAAGAUAAGCCACUAAGGUUGCGGGAACAAUAGCAGAUUUAAAUGUAUUGAGAAUUUUAAAUGAACCAACGGCAGCAGCUCUCUCGUAUAAUCUUGAUAAGUUACCAGGCGAGACGAACGUUUUAGUUUUUCAUUUAGGAGGUGGAACAUUAGAUGUAUCUGUUCUGUAAAUAGAAUAUGGAUUAGUCGAAAUAUUAAGCACUUCUGGAGACACUUACCUAGGUGGAGAAGACUUCAAUUAAAGAAUGAUAAAUCAUUUCAUAUAACUGAUCAAGAAGAAACACAAUAUGGAUCUCAGUGGAGAUAGGCGGGUUAUUCAAAAAUUGAAAAGAGAGGUGGAAAAGGCCAAAAUAGAACUAUCAUAUACUCAUUUGACUUCACUUGAGAUUUAUGACUUAGUUGAUGGACUCUAUUUUUAUGAAACUCUAACAAGAUCCAAAUUUGAAGAAUUGAAUAAUGAUUUAUUCGAAAAAACAAUUUUACCCAUGAAAUUGGCCUUGGAAGAUUCAGGAUUAAAUAAGGAAGAUAUACACAAAAUAGUCUUAGUCGGUGGUUCUACUAAUAUCCCAAAAAUUAGAGAAAUUGUCAAAGAUUUUUUUAAUGGAAAAGAAGUUAUUACUGGAUUAAAUCCAGAAGAAGCGGUCUGUUAUGGAGCUGCCAUAUUUGGAGGCAUUCUAUGCGAAGAGUCUCAUAAACCUAGGGAUUAUUUUGGACUUGAAGUUACACAAUUAAGUUUAGGUUUUGAGACCUCUUAAGGAGAAUUCAAAAAGGUUAUUCCAAGUGGUUCCUUUAUUCCAAAUAGGAAAUCUUUAAUAUUCACAACUUAUCAAGAGCAACAAGAAACAAUAUCGAUUAAUAUAUAUAUAGGCGAAAGACCUUUUGUCAGAGAUAAUCAUAAAUUAGGGACACUUGAAUUAACUGAUAUUCCCCCAAGUCCUGACGGUACUUAUUAAAUUGAAGUCAAUUUUGAGAUUGAUGUUGAUGGCAUACUCAAUGUUUCAGCUGUGGAGUAGUAGUCAGGAAAAGCGAAUACUCUUAUCAUACAAAAUUAUUCUGAAAGAUUAUCAUAAGAAGAAAUAGAUAAAAUACUUGAAGAUGAAGAAAUAUUAAUACAAAUUGAUAGUUAUGAAGAGGAAAGAGUUAAAGCAAGGAAUUCUUUAGAGAAUUACAUCUAUGUGAUGAAAGGUUAACUUGAAGUAAGAUUUAUCUAUUUACAUAAGGACCUUGAAUGCCAGCGAAACUAAUUAUCAGACGAUGAAAAAUCGAUGAUUUAAUAAGUUCUCAAAGAGGCGACAGAUUGGCUAUGGUUAAACGAAAACAGAUAAAAAGAGAUUUAUGAAUAAAAGCAGAGUGAAGUAGAAAAGUAAGAUCUUUUAUUUAAUUGAAUAGUAUUUGCAAUCAGAUAGUGAAUAAAAUCUACUUUGAUGGGUACCCUAAAGAAAAUGAGAAUUGUGAUUUAUGA